AUGGCUGACGCCUUGGCUACACUAGCUUCCAUGGUCAAAGUAAAUGAACAGGAGGAUAUGAAGCCAAUUCAGAUGAGUAUUUGUGAGGCCCCAGCUCACUGCUGUAAUGUUGAUGAAGAGGAAGAGAGAGAUGAUCAUCCUUGGUAUCAUGAUAUCUUACAAUAUGUGAAGAGCCGUGCGUACCCAGAUAAAGUAAUCGAAAAUGAUAAAAGAAUAUUGAGGAGGUUAGCCAGUGACUAUGUCCUAGACGGUGAGGUCCUAUAUAAGAAGAGAAAGGAUCAGGUGUUAUUAAGAUGUGUUGACGCUGUUGAGGCAAAGAAAAUUCUAGAUGAAGUCCAUGAUGGUGUCUGUGGGACACAUGCCAAUGGUUUCACAAUGGCUCGAUAA